UCAUCAGCCAAUUCGCCGCCGCAAUGUGGAGCCGCUGCGUCGUUACUUGGGUGGCAACUGCCGCAAUCCUUGUAGCUGCUCAAGUCCAGGAAAUUGACGUCUUGCCGCUCCUGCCGUUCCGUCCGUAUCAGCUUCCUCGCAUGCGGUGGACGGAUCUCAAUCGUGUUCUUGGCGAACGAGCCAGCGACAAGAUGAUCGUGAGCAAGCCGAUGGACACGAUGCUUGGCAAAAUCAAUGUUCCCAAAGAAGACGCAAAGGCUUUUGAAUCGUUGUCUCCGAUGGAAGUCAAGAGCUUGCACGGCGAUGACGAGUUCUUGGGCGAAAGACAAGUGUACAUCGCGUACGACAUGAUUCACGAAGGCGACAUUCCCUCCGCGCUCAAAUUGCUCGACCAAGUAAAGGACCAAGUGUCACGACAGUUUGGAAAAAAGCAUCCCUUGUAUGCGAACGCGCUUGCCGAUCUCGGGUUUGCGUAUAUGGAGCAAAAGGACUACAUCAAGUCCAACACAUUGCUCGUUGAAGCGAUGAAUGUCGACGAAGAGCUCCAGGAAAAAUUUGGCGUGUACAACACAGCCGCGUCGAUUAACUUGAUGGCAACGUCGGCGCUUGCGUCUGGUGCCGGCAACUUCAAUGCCCUCAGCAAUGCGUACGAGUCGGCGUUUAAUGGACUGCACAAGGAAUCCCAUGCAUCGCAACUCGAAAUCCUCAUGAACUUGGCCAACAUGUACCGCCUCCACUGGCUGCCGCUUCGAUCGAUCAACAUGUUUAAACUGGCAAAGAACUACGCCAAAAACCCGUCCAUCAAGUAUGCCGACUUGCUGCUGGGGCUCGGGGCAAGCUACAUCAUGGAGGGCGAAUUCCACCAAGGCGAUAUCAUUCUUACGUCUGCCAUCGCCAUGUACGAAGAGUUGGAUCGACAAGACAGCCAUGGCCAUAUCGAGGCCACGUACUACUUGGCGACGGCAGAGCUCCUCCAGCACAAGUAUGGAGCCGCCCUCGCGCACUUCCAGGCAGCUCGGAAGGCUCUGUCUCGGACGUCGCCAUCAAACGAGGCGUACCCGUGUGCCAAAGCCACGAUCAUGACUUCGAUUGGCGAAUGCAUUGCAGCCAUGGGAUACACCGACCAAGCCAUCGGCAUGCUCGAGGCUGCCAAGGCGCUCCUGGCUGACCACGCAGCGUCGCUGGAGAACGAGUUGUUCGCACCAUACAUUUACUUGAAGAUCGAUCAUUUACUCGCCACGUUGUGGGACGAAGACAAAGAGCCCGAAGUGAAGCAGCAGCAUCAUGCGAGCGCAUACGAGGCCGCCGUCGCUCUCUUUGGCGAAACUCAUGCUUUGACACUGGCCCACAAGGUGUAGCAAUUCAGCUACAUCACCAAGUACCAUAGAUGCAAUGAAUUAAGCGAGACUAGCAUGAUCGUCUUGAAGGUGCGCCAUCGUCGUACCAUAGGCCCAAA